UCGAUAUGAUUAUGAAACUCCCUUCGUCGAAGGGUUCCGUUUCGCGCGUCAGUUUCUCUCUGGCAGCCGUGCAAAUACAAUAUGGAAAAUGUGGCAAACUGCAAGCAUUAAAAUAAACGGCCUGACCGUUCUAACGUGCAUCGACAAAAGGAUUGUGAUCAUGGCUACACGUGGAACUUUAAUCUAACUAGUUACCGGAUUCAGGAACGUUUGGGUACGAAAACAAUUCCGACAGUAAGUUUACCAAAAUAGUGAUCUAUCUACCGCAAAAACACUGUGUUGUAAACCAAAUGCAAAAUGAUUAAACAGUGGGGAAAAAUCGAUUGUGUGACAAGUGUAAUGUGCAAUGUGCAUCAAAAAGCAAACCACAACACACAAAAACCAUUCUGCAAAACGAACGCGCGCGUAUUUCAAGUUAACGAAAGAAGACGAAAAAAAGUCGUACACGGAGUGAAAAUUGAUUUUCCUUCUUAUCAGUGGACGCGCCGGGGAAAGUGUAGCAUUCUUUCUCCCUGUUUUUCCUUUCUCUCUCUCUCUCUCUCUCUUUCUCUUUUUUGCUCCAAUACAAUCACACACUGUUUCGCUUGCUGCGAAAGGAGUUAUGCUACGAUGUGCGUGUGUUAUGUUGUAAAAAAGCGACCAAGAAUUAACAGUGAGGUGGCCUUUUUUUUGUGUAUGCUUCUUUUUACAUUGACACUAUAGUGAAUGUUGCCCCCCUUUGUUACUAACACACACACACACACAGCAAACCUUUCAACGAAAAUUGCUUCCAGGAGAAAUGUCUCGGUUGAUCGGAACCAUAAAAUGAUGAAUGAAAAAAGUUAUUGUAUUGCUCCCGUUGCACUACACGAUUCCAUAAUCGAUAAAGUUUAGACGGUUUCAGGAUGGGUAGACCGUUCCGUCAAAAACCCUCCCUUGCCUUUUUGCUUGCGUCUGGGACUAACAAAACGUGCCGUUGUGGUUUGCGCGAGUAGGCACACACCGGAGAGUGCGAGAGUUUCAGUUGCGUGGUUCUGUGUGUGAGCAUGUAUGUGUGUGUGUGUUUAUGGAAAAGUUUUCGGCUAGCCCGAACUAGGCGUCGCCAUCGACAUGGGAAGGUCAGUACGGCGGCUCGCUGGAUCGUUCGGACACAACAUACUGGGGAGCUGGGAGAGUUGCGUCAGUGUAAAGGAAAACCAGUGCUGGAACGGAAACCGAAUGGAACAGUCUAACUAACGGACUUUUAAUAAUCCUUUGUUAAGUAGUCACUAUUUAUAACAUUUGUAAUAUUAGUGACACUUAUUUCAGUGUUUUUCUUCGUUAGAUUUUUGUAAACCAAAAAAAAAGCCUCUUCGAAGUGAGAAUAUGCACAGUCAACUAAAAGUGUAUCGUAUGUUGAUCGCUACGAUCAACUACUAAACCAGUGUUUAAUCGGCACCCCUGCACGAAGUGCUCGAAUAUCGGUAGGCCCCGAUCAGCAAAAUCUGUUCUACGAUGUGAUUGUAUUGCCUGCCCGGCAAAAGACAGAGUUUCCCCAUCCGGAAAGCAUGGUAACCACCCAUUAACACUACUAUCCUGCUACGACACCGAUCGGUUGAUGCUUCCCGGAUGCGCCGUUAAGGCGCGACCCAUCUCACACCACCCGUCCGGGACCUUUCAAGCUUCCAUGCUGCGGGGGAAAGCUCUUUCGCCAUUUCUCCACCAUCAAACACACACACGCACGCACGGGUGGCCACUGUACCCGAAACGGUUAUAAAUAGUGCAUAAUUGGUUUAGUGCUUGGGCGUUAAGGGUAAAAAUAGCGCGCCGGCGCUUCCUUCCGGCUAAGGAAACGCGCAAUCGACGUGAGGACGACGUCAGAGCACCAGUAUAUACCAGUAUGGAUUGUUGCAGCAGUAGCAACUACGUAGACUACAGGCAUCAUUCGAUGAACGGCAACUACUGCUAUCCGUACUCGCCCAACAUGCUGCGCAGUGCGUCCCCGUACCCGUUGGCCAGCAGCGGCCGAUACGGUACGGACUAUCGAUCUUCUCCGCUCGGCUAUCACCAUCACGGUGGGUACGAUGGGUACGAUAAGUACUACGGCAGCUACCAUCAUGCAUCAUCGAGCUAUCAGACCGGUUACUAUGGUAACUAUCCGUCAUCCUAUCGUGACUAUGGAAGCUACGGGCAUUAUUACCAUCAGUCGCAAUCACCGUACGCACGUGGCGGAGGAUCUAGUGGAGCUGCACCACACGGGUACGGCGGAUCGGCCACUGGUGCUAGCUACCUGUACCCGGGACGACAUUAUCCAGCUUCCUCGGCUGCACUCGCUGCACAUCCCUUCGGUUCUCGCGAAUCGUCCUACUACCAUGCCCAGCGCGAACACCAUCAGCAGCAGCAGUAUUCGAGCUUUGCUAACUACGGCCAUCUACCACCGUACCGUAACGGUGUGGGUCCCGGUGCUACCCAUGAGCAUCCUGGUGGAAAAUCGCAUCACCAUCCACAGCAGCCAACGCAUCAGCAACCGUAUCCGCCACAGCAAACGUUCGCCGGAAGUCACAACGAGCGGGGCAUGACCGGUAGUGUGGGGAGUGAAGGUGGCACCACCACGACGAGCCAUCCAUCCCCACCGUCGUCGACCUUGUUCAGUGCGCAGAAUGGUUACUCGUCGCCGAGUUCCGAUUACACGCUGCCGACUUCAUCCUACAGCUCGGCUGAUAGUCCACAGCAUCCGCUAGCGGACGAAGGGGACACUCAAGCGCCCACCGCAACACCCACUCCAUCGACGGCUUUACUCGGUGCAACAGCAGCAGCAGCAGAGUUCCCGCACGGCACAAAGGACAACCGUAUGCGAAAGCCCAAAGAGCGCAAACUGCAUCGAGCGUACGGUGGUGGUGGAAAUGGUGGCAGUGGCCGUGGUAGCCGUACCAGCAGCCCUGCUCCAGCUGGCGUGAAUGGGUUAAGCGGGAGCAACGGUGCAGCUGCAGCGACAGGGAUGAAAUCACUGGAUGCACUUACAAAUCUGUGCUGGCCCGACGAAGAUCAGUUCUCAGGACGUAUGAGAAAAUACUCAACUGCCAAUGGAAUGAAAUCGAAAGAUGGAAGCAAUGGUAGAAAGGAAAGCAACGAAUUGGAAAACGCCACAGUAGCGUCCCCCAGCCGUAGUGCAGGUCCUGCUAGACGCACGAAAAAGCCAACCCCUACCAGCAGGCAACUGAAGGAAACGAAAUUAUCCGCCGAAAGCAGGGAGAAACAAACGAAUCGGGCCACACCGACAACACCUACGGUAGAAAACAAAAAUAUUACACCUCUGCCGGGCUUUCAGCAAGCAUUCGGCUCGACGGAAAUUGGCAAGUUCUCCGAGGUGUUCUUCAACAGUAGUCCAACGUCAGCGAACCAUAGUCCACCAGAACACCAUCACCACCACCACCACCACCACCAGCAGCAACAUCAUCACCAUCCGCUACAGCUCCAGGAACAUCAGCCCCAAACUCAACAGUCCCAGCAAGUACCUGCCCAGUCGCAUGGCACGAUGCAGCAGCUGGUGAUGGAAUCGCUCAAUGCGUACGAAUCCGAUGUCGAUACGCUUAGCCCAUCCCAGGCAUGGGAGACGAAUGGGAAUCCUGCGGUUGGUGAGACGUACGACAAUGGUGGACCGACGGGUACGAACGGCUACAACCUGCAGAUCGGAACUUCCUUCCAUCCGUCGUACUACGAAUCGUCGUCCUACUCCGACCAUGGUGUCGAUUCGCCGCUGGGCAACUAUUUUAGCGAAAUGACAUGCAACGAGUUUGUGAACUAGAGAAAUCGAUUAUCGGGAAAUAUCCCGGAAGGUAGCAACCAAGACUAGCCAGCCAGGUGCUGGAGGAGGUAAAAUGUCGGUAACAGGUAUGAUGAUGCUAGGUGACGAACUCAACACAGUCUCACACACAAAAUCAAUCAAAACCGGUUUUAUGCCAAAGGCAAAUCAACUAAUGGUGAAUUGAGCGGGAAAGUAUGUUAGCAUUUAAACAUAUUCUUCGGGGGUGUUGAAAAAACCUGCGACAUACGGGGUGUCAAACUCGAGGAUUGGCCGCCCCCC